AUGAAGCAAGAUUGUGAUAUCAGCUUUGAUAUGCGAUCUCUCGUCAUCGGUAAAGUCGCCGUCGAGCGCCUCUUGCAAUGCGGUCGCGAGAUCUUCAUCCAGCAGUUUCCUCGACAGGCCGGCCACCCGGAAGACGUGCGACUUUCUUUGGCUAGCCUUCGUGAUUUGGACAUGCUUGGUGAUCGACUGGUGGAUGGACUGUGCGUCGUUUUUUGA